AGGGAUCCGUUUGUGAUUUCGGAUCAUUUGAUGAACUGAUGGCCAAAAGUGGAGAAUUCGCUGAAUUUGUUGCCGAAUAUGUCAUUAAACAGGAAUCCGAAGACAUCGAUGAGAAAGAGAUGCAAAUUCUGGCAAAACUAAAACAAACAGUAAAACCAUUAAUUGAAAAACAAUUAUCCGUCAGAUCUAAUGACAGCGAUGUUAUGCCUAAGAAUCUGUCAAGAGAUGUGUCCACAAGUGAUUCAAUUAAAGCUAAUACAUCUAAAAAGGCAACUGAAGAGGAAGUGUCUAAUGAAAGUGAAAACAAGCGAUUGACUGAAAGGCAAGAAUCGAGUGAAUCUGAUUCCGAAGAAUGUACUGUUCGUAAGCGAAAGCCAGAACCAAGAAGUGUCUCAACCGGUGAUAAUGAGGCCAAUAGUGAGCCCAAUAAUAGUAAAGACAAAUCGCAAGAAAAACUACAGAAAACGUCCGGAAAAUUAAUGUCCGACGAGAAGACAGAGAGCGGUUCCGUGCGAUUCAAUGUCUACAAAAAGUACUUCCAGUUGAUGGGUGUCGGGACUGUGACCGCUGUCCUAUUGGCGUACGUGUGCUCAUCCGCCGCGACAGCGGUGUCGGGCCUAUGGCUUUGCGAGUGGUCAGAGGACUCGCUGUCCGGCGGCGACCAACAGCCGGGCCUACGAUACGAACGACUUGGCGUAUACGCGGCCGUCGGUCUACUGGAGAUGGUGUCGCUGUUUGGCGCUCAGGCGUGGCUUAGGUUGGGCUGCGUUACGGCCGCUAAGAAACUGCACAAUCAAAUGCUGGAUCGGGUGGUGAGAGCGCCCAUGUCUUACUUUGACACGACACCAAUCGGGCGGCUAUUGAACCACUUCGCGCGCGACGUGAUGGACAUUGACACCGACAUGAUCUUCGCGAUGGACACAAUUGUGUUACAGUUGUUGCGAUUGGUUGUGCUCAUCGGUACCAUAGGCUACGAACUGCCGCACACUCUGCCGUUGAUUGCGGUCGUACUGGCCGUCUAUGUCGGGUACCAACGGGUCUAUACGGCCAGUUCGCGGCAACUCAAGCGCAUAGCAUCGGCCGCCGGCGCACCCAUUAUUGGCCACUUCUCGGAGUCCAAUAACGGCACGGACUCUAUCAGGGCUUACGGCGCGGGCGACAGGUUUGUGACCGAUUUCCACCGUUUGAGUGACAACCGGAACCGUUGCCAUUACGGCUCCGUAUUGGCCGACUGUUGGAUCGGUAUUAGACUGAACUUCUUGGGCCACUGUUUGGUCUUAUUGAUGGCCGUAUUUGCUGUGCUAUUCCGGGCCGAUCUGAGCCCUGGUAUGACAGCCCUAUUGAUUACCUAUACGUUGGACAUUACGGUUGCUUUGAAUGGCUUUAUUCGCGAAGUAAGUCAGACAGAGGUGGCGAUUGUGGCCGUCGAGAGGUGUCUGGAGUUAAUGGAUAUACCGAUCGAGGCCGAGUGGUAUAACGAGAAGACUAAACCCGCGGCCGAUUGGCCGACAAUGGGUUGCAUUCAAUUCACAGACUAUUGCACUAAAUAUAGAGAAGGUUUGGAUUUAGUGCUCAAAGAUAUAGCAAUUGAUAUGAAAGGCCGACAAAGG